CUCUAUCGCAGGCCCACUGCUAGCUCCGCCCAUCCUCCAAUUCGGGGCCGCUGUUAACCCCGCCCAUCCUCAUCACGUCCCCCGCCACGUCCCUCCCUCCCACCCGCGGGUCGGGCCCGGCCCCGCCCCCUCCCCCUCGCGCGCCGACAGUGCCCGCGCCUUGCCGUGAACUUUCAUGUUGUUUUGUUGUUCCGGCUGGCGGGGUUCUCCAUUAACCGCAGCAGCUCCUCCUCCACCCCCACCCCCCGGUGCCUGCAUCAGCGGGAGCGCUCGCCGAGCGGUUUAAAUGUUUUUUCUGGAGGAGGGUGUCACCCUGUGGAGCGAGUUCUCAGGCUGGAGGCCGCUGCUGCUCGUCAUGCUGCUGGUGGUCGGGGCCUUUAUCGUGGCCUUCGUGCUGCUCCUGUACAUGGUGUCGCCGCUCAUCAGCCCCAAGCCCCUCAAACUCAACGGAUCGCACGUUGUGGUGAGUGAGGUGACAGGGGGAUCAAGUGGUAUUGGGAAAUGUAUUGCAAUUGAGUGCUUCAAGCAAGGUGCAUUUAUAACUUUGGUGGCUCGGGAUGAGGGCAAACUGCUGCGGGCAAAGAAGGAAAUUGAGAAGCACUCCAUUAAUGAUAAACAGGUAGUAUUGUGUAUAUCUGUUGAUGUUUCAAAAGACUAUGGACAAGUGCAAAGCGUGAUUAAACAAGCACAGGAGAAGCUGGGUCCAGUUGACAUGCUUAUAAACUGUGCUGGCAUAUCUGUUGCGGCAAAAUUUGAAGAUAUUGACAUUGACUUUUUUGGAAGGUUAAUGGAGAUCAAUUAUCUGGGUAGUGUUUAUCCUACUCGGGCAGUCAUUCAUACCAUGAAGGAAAGGAGAAUGGGGAGGAUCGUGUUUGUGUCAUCCCAGGCAGGUCAGCUGGGCUUAUUUGGUUACACAGCUUAUUCGCCGUCCAAAUUUGCUUUGCGUGGAUUAGCUGAAUCUUUACAAAUGGAGGUGAAGCCAUACAAUAUCUACAUCACAGUUGCUUAUCCUCCUGACACAGACACACCUGGGUUUCAACAAGAGAAUAAAGUCAAGCCUUUAGAGACCAAAUUGAUUUCUGAAACAUCAGGACUAUGCCAGCCAGACCAAGUGGCAAAAAUCAUUGUGAAAGAUGCUGUGCAAGGAAACUUUAACAGCUCAGUUGGUUCUGAUGGGUAUAUGCUUUCAUCACUCACCUGUGGUAUGUCUCCUGUCACCACUAUUACAGAGGGUCUUCAGCAGAUUGUUACCAUGGGCCUUUUCCGCACAAUUGCUCUGUUUUACUUGGGAAGUUUUGACAGCAUUGUGCGUCGUUGUAUGAUACAGCAAGAAAAGUGUAUAGGCUUGGAAAAGAAGGAUUAAUCUCUCCUUGAAUUUGGAGGUUAAGGAUCAGACUUUGAAAAAUAAAUAUCGAAGGAAAUGUUUCAGUCUUGCCCCUCCACUCCUGAUUUCAGUGGCAUCAGAUCUUUCAGGUUGGAGUGGGGUCUUACUGUGUGGUACAAAGAGAAGACCACAGUGGUACGUUAGCAGUACGACUCUGAUGCCUUGAAUGGAAAUUGCAAUAUAAUUUAUAACCAGCAUUGAUUGGGAGAAGUGCACAUGAAAGGCUAUAAAUCAUAGAUGCGUUUUUUUAUGUAUUGUGCUGGCACUAUUUUUGUAAUUGUUCAAUUUAUUCCCCUUCCCUUCCCAUCCCGUCCAAAUUAAAUGAGAGGGCAAAUGAAGCCAAAUUCUAUGUCCUCUUAUUUAUUUUUGAUGUUUCAAUCAAAUCAGCAAUGGAGUUUUCUUUUGCCCUUGUAACUUGUUUCUCUAGCUUUGGUUGUGGCACCAUUUGAAAUUGAAUCCUUUGGCAUGUUUUAAAGAUCUAAUGGGUACAGUAUAUGUAACGGGUUGACCAAAUGUUCCAUCAGAUAGUUGCUAAGCAUUUAAAUGUGACCCCCCAAUAUUGUUUUUUAAAACCUUCAUUAAAACUGUUAAAAGCCUUCACUCAGCCCAUGACAAUUUAACAUUAACUGAACAAUAUUUCCGCUUCAAUUGUUAGAGUUUGCAAAGAGUUGGAUGAGCAUUUUUUUAAUUGUGAUAUGUAAACUAUUGAAUAAAAUGCUUUACUCUUUCUGUGAAAUAGUCAAACUAUAUCAUGUCGCAUGGCAUUACUUAGAAAUUAAUAAUUUCCUUUUCAAAAUUGCUAAUUUUGUGUUGACCAAUGAUCUGAUUCUGUAGCCUCAGUAUUUAAUAUUUCGACUCAAUUUUUAUUCCUGUGUAUGUCUAUGGUGUAUUUCCAUAAGUCUUGUUAAUCCAGCGAAAUAACUAUAAAAUGGAUAAUAACGUAAUCUA